CAGAAGUAUCAAGUGAAAAAGGAAAAAAAAGAAAAAAAAGAAAACGUGAUUUCUGUACAUAACUUCUGCCGUCACUGCAUGAGGAAGCAAAGAACCAGUAUGUGAGAGGACACGUCUGACACUGCAGAGGUGCAAACACAGACACUGCAGCGAGGCUUGUUUUUUUUUACUGGCGGAUAACGUUUUUGCAAGACAGGAAACGAGAGACGCAGAGUUCCAACCCAGUUGUAGAAGACGAGAUCCUACUUAAAACAUCAGGCUGUUCUCAAGGUAGCACAUCAGCAGGGGAAAGGGGAAACAUCUACUAUGAAGGUAAAAUUCUGAAAGUAUCAUCUUAAUAGUAAAAAACGGACAUGGGUAGCGAGGAAAAAGAGAGCGAACCUCAACAAUCGCCAGAGGAACCGAAUUCAGCUGAGAAGGAAAAAGAAUCUCUUCUGGAGAACGAUAAGGGUCACCCGCCUGAGAACAAUGACCCUCUCGACACCUACAAGUGGCAUGUUGGCUCCAAGGCAGCACUCGAACAGGUGAAAGAAGAAGAAGGAACGGGUUCUUCAACAUCGGUACCUGAUAAGGUCCAGAAAUCCACAACCUCCAAGUGGAGCAAGAUGCAAAGCUGGCGUAAAGCACUGAGUGAAGAAUCUGGAGAUAAGUCUUCCAGUACUGGGCGAGGUGGAGAAGCAGCUAAAAACACUGGAACACGUAAGAAUCCAUUCAGACGGGCCCUGUCUGAGCCCCCAGGGACGCUGCUCGCUGCCCUGUCUCUGUCUAAUAGUGCUGCUCCAGCCUCAGCCGCUGUGGAGGCGUCAGGGGUCUCCUCCACUCAGCCUUCACAGAGAGGAGGUGGAGGGGCACUGUUCAAAAAGUACCUGAGGAACGUGUCCCAGAAACUGAAGAGGCCCAGGCUGCAGAGUCACAACAGCUCCCUGACAACAGAUGUGGGGGAGGCUGAGCCUGUACCAGCUGGUCCCAUUGAACUUCCAAGGCUGCAGUGGGUUCCUUCUCAGGAGGUCCCAUUAUGGGACAUUAGCAACUGUGUGCUUGAAGAUGGACAAAUUCUCAUCUCACCAGAGGAUGAGCCAACGAUGUGGACCCGCAACCGUGUCAGCAGCUGUUUGUCCAACCUCAGCAUGCAGAACCUCGCAGAUAUCGACACAGAAUGCAGUCCAGAUCACGUGGGCCUGUCAGGUGGACCCCGACCAAAGGCUCCAGAUGGUGGCGUGAGGGGACUAAUCAAGCGACGUCUUGAGAACAAGGUCAAAAGAAACAGCAACACCCAAAUGAACCCCAUUGGCCUAAGCAAAGGAAGCAGGCACUACGGUUCCAGAGAGUCCGUGUCGAUCCCAGUCAGUGCAGUAGGGAGUCUAGACUUGAGUGCGGACACCAGCACCAUCAUCAGGCCGGUCCACAGCUCUAUUUUGGGGGAAAAGUACUGCUUUGAGGUCAUAAACUCUGAGAACACCCACUGCUUCGGCUGCUCCUCGACUGCUGAGCGCGACCGUUGGAUUGAAGACUUGAGACGGGCUGCCCAGCCCAACAAGGAUAACAUUGAGCGCUUAGAGAACUCCUUAAGUCUUUGGAUAAAUGAAGCUAAGGAUCUGCCCCCAAAACGGCGGUAUUACUGUGAAUUACAUCUUGAUGGGACCCUCUUUGCUCGCUCCAGCAGCCGGGCUGUUGAAAAACCGUCCCACCGGUCCACCGUGGCAGGGGACAGUUCUACGGGGUCUACGGGAGCUUCUGGGGCCGGUGGUGGUGGUGUGGGUGGAGGGUGCCAGUUAUUCUGGGGUGAAUUCUUUGAACUGGACAACCUGCCCUCUGUUUCACAAAUCACCUUACACCUUUUCCGCGAAGAUGACCCCAAGAAAAAGCGUCACUCCCGAGAUGAGUCCACCUUGCACCCACUGGGCAGCGUGGCUGUACCUUUAGCUGAGAUCAGAGGGAGGACCUAUCAGGAGAAGUGGUAUCCUAUUAUUCCAUACAAGUCUUCGGGCUCAGCGGGGAACAAAGAACUGCUCGGACCCCAGGCUUCACUUCGUAUCAAGGCUCGCUUCCAGAAUUUGCAGGUGUUGCCCAUGGAGAAAUACAAGGAGUUUGCUGAGUAUGUAACAGUGGAUUACGUGGAAAUGUGCAGGAGCCUGGAGCCUCUUCUGAAUGUGAAGGAGAAGGAAGAGCUGGCAGGAGCUCUGGUCCAUGUACUGCAGAGCAUCGGCAAAGCCAAGGAGUUCCUCGUCGAUUUGGGCAGUGCGGAAGUGGAGCGUUUUGGACAGAAAGAGGCGCUAAUCUUCAGAGAGAACACACUGGCUACGAAAGCUAUCGAUGAAUAUAUGAAGUUGGUUGGGCAGAAAUAUCUCAUUGACACACUCGGAGACUUCAUCACCUGUCUGUAUGCCUCAGUGGACAGCUGUGAAGUUGACCCACGUAAAUGUCCUGCCUCUGAGAUUUCAAACAAUCAGAAACAUUUGAGAGAAACCUGUGAGGAAGUGGUGCAGAAGAUUACUGAGAUUCAUGGACCAUUUCCUGAAGAAUUAAACAGAAUCUUCUCCAGCUGGGUGGAACUGUGUGAAGACCAAGGCAGACCGGAGAUCGGCCACCGCCUCAUCUCUGCUUCUCUCUUUCUUCGCUUCUUAUGUCCUGCCAUCCUCAGUCCUUCUCUUUUUGGUCUGACACAGCCUUACCCAGAGCCAAACACCCUGCGUACCCUCACCUUAACUGCCAAAGUUGUACAGAAUUUGGCUAACUUCACCCUGUUUGGGGAGAAGGAGGAGUACAUGCUCUUCAUGAAUGAAUUCUUAGAGCAGCAUUGGGAUGGAAUGACUGGCUUUCUAAAAACCGUGUCCAAUCCAGAUACUGACAUCUCAAUGACCUCCUUUGAUGGCUAUGUGGACCUGCCUCUGCGCUUAGCUGUGCUGCACGGCCUGCUAGUAGACAUUAUUUACCAGAGAGACCAGGAAACAACUGACAAGCUGCAUCCUUUGCCUUUGAUACUGAACCAGAUUACAGAAUCACUAGGGCCUCAAGCCCCUCGGAUCACAGUCAGCAGCCACAUGGAGCCGAGCAAGCCUACAUAUGUUCCCCCUAAAGACCUGAGCAAGUACAGCCCUCACCAGUCAUCCCUCCAGCAGCUUCCUGUGGAUCCCAAAAGUCUCACAGAUUGGACUCGGAGGAGCAAGAGAGAGAGGAAGCCAGUCACCAGAACUCAGAGCGCUCCACACAGACCCAUCCAUGCAAAAUAUCCUUUGAAGAGACAGAGCAGUACUGAAUACGUGCAUGAAGAUGACCGCGUUAAAGAGAUGGAGUCUGAACAACCGCAUAUCUCCCCGCCAAAUCCACGUGACACCAUCAAGCGUCCACCUGCACCAGUUCCCUGGAUCAAAGUCAUGCAUAACAGGGAGACAGAUGAGACAAAGACUGAGAAUGAGCAGCUCAGCUUACUGGACAGGCACGCUCAGGAGCUGUCCGAGCUUCGUCUGGGAAUAAUGCAGGUGACCGAGCGUGAAGUGGACAUGGCAAAGAGGCUUGAGGACUUCAUUGUUCAAAGCCAGGACCAGAAUGCAAUGCUGCAGGCAGAGGUCACUGAACUACGGAAUCUGCUGGUUGUGCUAGAGGAUCAGCUUGCCAGCGCCACCUUCAGGCUGGGUGUGAUUGAGGAGGAGAGGGAGGAAGACGUGAGAAAACUGAGUGUCGCCACUGCAGCAGCCGAACGGAUGAAUAUUCUGGAGGAACAGUUUGCUGGCCUGAUGAAGGAAUUUCAGCGAUUCAGUGAAGCCUCCACCAGCUGCCAAAACAACAACCAGCACGCUGAAAAGAACAUACCACCAACACCUGUACCCACUGAAAAGGCUAUUUAGGGUCAUGGAAUAAUUGUAUAUUACAUAUAUAGUGGGUGAAAUACGUAUUGACACAUCACCAUUUUUCUCAGUAAUAUAUUUCUAAAGGUGCUAUUGAGAUGAAAUUUUCACCAGAUGUCGUACAACCCAAGUCAUCCAUACAUGCAAAGACACCAAAACAAAUAAGAACAGAAAUUAAUUAUAUGUUAUAUAAUGGAAUGACACAGUGAAAAGUAUUGAACACACUUACUGAAAUUGUUUAAUACUUUGCAUGAAAGCCUUUGUUGGUAAUGACCGCGGAGUGUUAAUUUUUUGCCAACAAGACAGAUGACAUGCUGAUAACAAAUUUAUCAUGAUAAUAUGUAAUGCCCGAAAAUGGUUUGUUGUGUAUUUCUGAUGACAGUUAAAGAUGUUUAGAAGGACAUAUGUUGUGUGCAAAUGUAUGAUUUCUUAAAGGGAACUCUAAGGCCAGAAUUUAGAUUUAAGUGUGUAAUUGAGUAAAGCACUAAUUUUUGAAGGAAAGUAAAUGUUGGAUUACACACCCAUAUAUAAUUGGGAAAUGAAGGAUGACCUGAUGACCUAGAGUGAACUCACAGGCCUGGGGAUUUCCAAGAAACUGAAAGUCAUUACACCUGUAUAUUGCUGGAAAAAGUGAUGUCACGGACAGCUGUUAUUAAUGGAGUAACCUCUGUUAGUUUGGAAAGGCCACCCACUUUACUGACCCUGAAUGUAUAAAAUGAUUGUCAUCCUUGUGUAUUUGAAGUGGUUUUUGCUGUUUUACAGGGACUCUGUGAGCUGAUUCCUUUUGCCAGCAAAAUAAAAAACUGUUGCUUUGA